GAAUCGAUUAGAUCAGCUAAGUCCAGGGUAGCCCAUGUGAUUGUAAACAACCUUGAAGGUCCCAAGAGAAUCGUCAAAAUUUUCGAACAAUUCAUCCAUGAGUACAACAAUUUGCUAUCAAUCGAUCACGUUAAAAUUGGAGAAGAAUUCAAACAUGCAAAGCACUCUUUAGAUGAUUACAGGAAGGAAAUCAAACGGUACAGGAAGGCUGCUGAAGAUGUGAAAGAUUUGACAAUCGAAGAAGUUCAAAUGGGUUUAUUUGUGGUUCAGACGGAGCUGCUGAAGAGAGGAAUUUCUCUGAAGGCUAAUGCUAUUGCAGACACGCUGCUACAGCAGGUGCUAGUGGAAACAAAUGAAGAGAUGGAAGAAAUCUGUCAGAGAUUUGAAGGUUUGAACUCAAGAGCGAUGGAAAAGCCGAAGGAAUCGCAUGAGAUGAAGGCGUUGAAAGCUUAUCUUGAAGCAGCCCCACAAGAGCAAGCCUUGCUUCAAAACAAGAUCGAAAAGGUUGUGAAAGGAAUGGACUUCUUGCAUGAACUUGGCAAGGAUAUACCGGAUGAUGUGAUGAUGCUGAACACAAAGACCUAUCUAUGGCCAGAUAAAAUUGUUCCUGUACUGGACGCGGCGAUGGAAAGGAUAUUGACGCAAGAAGAAAAGAUGGAGGAUCAAUUGAGAGAUCGUCAGAAGAAGUUCGAAGAGGCUGUAGAUGCUACAACGCAAGAAAUCGUCUCUUUUGAACAAUUGGGAGAUCCGAAGCUUGUAGAAAGCUACAUGCAACAAGCGAUCAAGGUCCACACUACUCUGGAAGAGCUGCAAGAAGAAUUGAACAAAAUCAACGAGCAAGAAGAAAUAUUCGGAUGGAAUCCAACAGUCAAUCCUCAAGUAGAGCAGAACCUCAAGAAACUAGAGCCCUUCGAAAACCUGUAUAGGACCGUCUAUGACAGUCAACAGAUGAUUGAGUCGAUGCUCCACGGAUCUAUUCUUGACCUAGAUCCUGAGAAGGUCGAAUCUGACAUUGAUAACUCUUGGAGGCAAGCUUACAAGUUCACAAAGACAUACAGUGAAAAGCCGAGUAUGCUUGCCCUCUCUGAAUUCAUGAAAGAUUUGAUAGGCUCUUUCAAGCCCCACGUUCCAUUGGUAGCCAUUCUUUGUAAUGGCGGCUUGAGGAGCAGACAUUGGGAAGCCUUUGCUCAGGUCGUCGGUUUCUCUAUUAAGCCUAAUGAGCGAACAAGUCUUCAAGAUAUGAUCGACAAGAAAUUGGAACCUCACAUUCCGAAGAUGGAAGAAAUCAGUGACUCAGCCAGCAAAGAAUGGUCAUUAGAGAAGAACCUUGAUAAGCAGUUGUCCGAGUGGAAAGAAAUUGAAUUUGCAAUGCAGCCAUACCGCGACACAGGAACUUCCAUACUGGCUGGAAGUAGCGUUGAUGAGAUACAAGCAAUAUUGGAUGAUCAAAUUGUCAAGACUCAAACCAUGCUAGCAUCUCCUUACAUCAAGGUUUUCAUGCAAAGGGCAAAAGAGUGGGAUGAUUUCCUGCAGACCACCCAGGAAGUGAUUGACUAUUGGUUAAAAGUUCAAGCACAAUGGCUCUACCUAGAACCCAUCUUUGCGUCAGAUGACAUCAAAAAGCAAAUGCCGAAGGAAGCAGAGCGAUUUGGGCAAGUUGAUAAUGUGUUUCGAACAACUGUUUCGCGAUGCAUGGAGGACCCCAAAGUUCUAAGUUUUGUCAAGACAGAUGGCUUGAUUGAUUCCCUCAAGGAGUCAUUUGAGUUACUGGAUUUGAUCAACAAGGGACUGAAUGCUUACCUAGAACAGAAGAGAUUGUUUUUUCCUCGGUUCUUUUUCUUGUCGAACGACGAGUUGCUCGAAAUCUUGGCUGAGACCAAAGAUCCUCUGCGCGUACAACCUCAUCUGAAGAAAUGUUUCGAGGCCAUAUCAAAGUUAAACUUCAAUGAGGACUUAAUUGCAGAGGGCAUGAUCAGUGGGGAGGGUGAGAACGUUCCAUGGCCUCGCAAGAUUAAUCCAGCAGAAGCACGUGGGGCUGUUGAGAAAUGGUUGUUGCAAACAGAAGGCAUGAUGAAGGAAGCUGUCAAAGAUCAGUGCUCAAAAGGAAGGAUAAGCUAUCAAGAAUUGAAUAGAGAAAAAUGGGUUCUCGAAUGGCCAGGAAUGGUUGUUAUAGCAAUCGGACAAAUGUACUGGACCAGUGAAGUUGAACAAGCAAUCGUGGAUCCCAGUGGGCAAGGAGUCAGGAAAUAUGCAGAGAAAUGUACUCGUCAACUUGAUGACAUCGUUGAAUUGGUACGAGGGUCCUUGACGAAACUUCAGAGAAACAGCAUCGGAGCCAUGGUGGUCUUAGAUGUUCACGCAAGGGACAUGACGGUCAAUCUGGCAGACGAAGGUGUCAAAUCGAAUUUAGACUUCUCUUGGCUUGCUCAACUUCGAUAUUAUUGGGAAGAAAACAAUGUGGUCUGUAAGAUGAUCACAGCAGAGAUCAAGUACGGGUACGAGUACCUGGGUGUCAGCUCGCGUCUUGUCGUGACUCCUCUCACUGACCGAGCAUACCGCACCUUGAUGGGGGCUUUACAGCUCUACCUUGGUGGCGCUCCUGAAGGACCAGCUGGGACAGGUAAGACUGAGACGACAAAAGAUCUUGCCAAGGCCAUUGCAAAUUACUGCGUCGUUUUCAAUUGCUCUGAUGGACUUGAUUAUCUCGCUAUGGGAAAAUUCUUCAAAGGAGUUGCCAGCUGUGGUGCUUGGGCAUGCUUCGAUGAGUUCAACAGGAUUGAGCUCGAAGUUCUCAGUGUUGUAGCGCAGCAGAUCAUGGUGAUCCAAAGGAACGUCCAGUUGGGUUCAACCCAGUUCGAGUUUGAAGGGAGCACCCUUCAGCUCGUUCGCUCCUGCGCAGUUUUCAUCACGAUGAAUCCUGGAUAUGCUGGACGCAGUGAAUUGCCCGACAAUUUGAAAGUUUUGUUCAGGACUGUUGCGAUGAUGGUUCCCGAUUAUGCCAUGAUUGGAGAAAUAUUGCUGAUGUCGUUUGGCUUCAGUGACGCACGAGUACUUGCCAAAAAGAUUGUUGCUACAUACAAGUUAUGUAGUGAGCAGUUAUCAUCUCAGACGCACUAUGACUACGGCAUGAGAGCUGUGAUGGCCGUCCUUCGAGCAGCAGGCAAUCUGAAGCAAGUGUACACUGAACAAGACGAGGCAAUUUUAAUGCUCCGUGCUAUUAGAGAUGUGAAUGUGCCAAAGUUUCUCUCACAUGAUCUACCUCUGUUUGAAGGCAUCGCCAAAGAUUUAUUUCCUGGCGUCGAGUUGCCGAAGCCAGAUUACUUGAACAUGCUGUCCGCAAUCAAUUGGAGCUGUGAGCAGAGCAAUCUGCAGCCAGAGAAAUACUUCAUUCAGAAAACAAUCGAGCUGUAUGAAAUGAUUGUCGUUCGACAUGGUCUCAUGGUGGUUGGCCUGUCGUAUGGAGGGAAAACUCGCAGCUACCGCGUUUUAAGUGACUCUCUGGGUAAACUCAACGAGCUGGGGCAGAAUGAAGAGAACAAGGUCCGAAUCUACACCAUGAACCCCAAGAGCGUGACAUUGGGCCAGCUGUAUGGACAGUUUGAUCCCGUCUCUCAUGAAUGGACCGAUGGCAUCCUUGCAAUCAACUUCCGGGCUGCUGCAUCUGAUCAAACGCCGGAUCGUAAAUGGGUUCUGUUUGAUGGGCCUGUCGAUGCGGUGUGGAUCGAGAACAUGAACACUGUCCUUGAUGACAACAAGAAGCUCUGUCUGGUGAGCGGAGAGAUCAUUCAGAUGUCUUCGUCCAUGAACAUGAUCUUCGAACCGCAAGAUCUGGAAGUGGCUUCACCAGCGACAGUUAGCCGUUGCGGGAUGGUGUACUAUGAGCCCCACCAGAUGGGAAUGCUGCCCAGCCUGAGCUCAUGGCUCAACACGUUACCUGAGACUGUCUCCAUAGCGAACAAAGAAAUCAUUGAGUCUCUCUUCCGAUGGCUGGUGCCUCCGGCCUUGAAGUUCCUGAGGAAAGAGCUGAAAGAGGUUUCGCCCUCCUCGGACAACAUGAUGGCAUGGGGGCUGUUCAAGAUGAUCGACAGCAUGCUGACAGACUUCAAAGUAGAAGACCCGAAGCAGUUCAAGAUGAGCGAAAAGGACAGCGCAACGCAGGUGGAGGGUAUCUUCCUCUUCUGCCUGACUUGGAGCGUGUGCGCCAGUGUGGACUCGGCAGGACGAGAGAGGUUCACCGAGUUCAUCAAGGAGAGCGCGGCAGGGACCGUUCCUCCGCCCUACAACGAGGAGGGGGAGAGAGGCAACUACAUGAUCAUGAACCCGUACCCCAAGGAAGGCAACAUCUAUCAGUAUUACUUCGAUACUGCAAAAGGAAAAUGGAACAGCUGGACGUCCAAGAUUGACAGAGAGCCGUUUGACACGAGCCUACAGCCCCACGAGAUCAUAGUGCCGACCAUUGAUACCACCCGAUACACCUACCUGCUGGAUAUUUGUUGUCGAAAUGCUGUGCUGAAUCAUGAUCUGAAUAGAAUGGCUUUUCUGCUUGUUGGACCAACGGGUACGGGCAAAACGAUCUACAUCAACAAUCACCUUCUGAACGGUCUGAGCCCCGACGAGUACACGACGAUCUCUUUAGGGUUUUCAGCACAGACAAGUGCGAUGCAAACACAAGACAUCAUUGAUGGGAAGCUGGACAAGAGGAGGAAGGGCGUGUAUGGCCCACCCGUUGGCAAGAAGUGCAUCGUCUUCAUCGAUGACCUCAACAUGCCCACGAAAGAAGUCUACGGAGCGCAACCUCCCAUCGAGAUUCUGCGGCAGUACCUGGAUCAUAACGGAUGGUAUGACAACAAGGAGAAGACUUUCAGGACAAUCAUUGACAUGAUGUACGUAUGUGCGAUGGGGCCUCCUGGGGGAGGACGUACCUUCAUAACUCCCAGAUUCUUGAGAUGGUUCAACGUGAUCAGCGUGACGGAGUUCGACAAUGAAGCCAUGACAGGGAUCUUCGAAUCUAUCAUCAAGUUUGAGUUUGACAAGAGAGCUGUCUCCCAGACGAUCAAAGGAUUGAAGGACGCUGUCAUCAAAUCGACCAUGGACGUGUACGAUUCAGCGCUGGAAAAGUUGUUACCUACUCCGAUGAAAAGUCACUAUUUGUUCAAUUUGAGAGAUUUCGGGAGAGUAAUUUUCGGGUUUUUAAUGGCAGAUACAAGCAAGCUGACAAACUCUGAACAAGUUGCAAGGUUGUGGGUUCAUGAGAUCUUACGAGUCUACUAUGACAGGCUCAACGAUGAUGCAGACCGCGAGUGGUUGAUUCAAUACAUCAGGGAAGUUCUGAAAAAGAAUUGGAGCUUGGACCUGAACAAGAUGAUGGAGCACUUGAUGACAGAAGCAGAUGAAGGCGUUGUUGGAAUCCCACAGAUGCGUAGACUCAUCUUCACUGAUUUCUGCGGCCCAGAUGGCAAGGGAGGUUAUGCAGAAGUUCCUGAUCCGCAGAAAGCUAUCGAGGUGUGCAACACGUUUCUGGAUGACUACAACGUGAUAAGCAAGAAGCCCAUGCAACUUGUUCUGUUCUUGUUCAUGAUUGAGCAUAUCAGCAGGGUUUGCAGAGUCUUGCGCAGCCCUGGUGGAAAUGCGUUGCUAGUUGGCAUCGGAGGGAGCGGUCGACAAAGUUGCACACGACUAGCCUCAUUCAUAAUGGACUUCACAGUUGUUGAGAUUGAGAUAUCAAAGACGUAUGGAAAGAACGAAUGGAGAGAAGACUUGAAGAAGUUGCUUUCCACUGCAGGAGGAGACGGAAAAUCAACCACAUUCCUCUUUACAGAUAGUCAGAUCAAAUAUGAGUCCUUCGUGGAAGACAUUAACAACUUGCUAAACACGGCAGAGGUUCCAAACCUCUUUGCGUCGGACGAAAAGGCGACGCUGGGAGAGAAGGUGAGGCCAGCGGCAAAGCAGCAAGGCAAAACUUUGAACACCCCAGCUGAGGCCUGGGCUUUCUUCAUCGACCGAUGCAAGUCGAACCUGCACGUUGUCUUGGCGUUCAGUCCCAUCGGAGAAGCCUUCAGGAGCAGGUUGAGACAGUUCCCCUCCCUCGUCAACUGCUGCACCAUCGACUGGUUCACUAUAUGGCCCGAUGACGCGCUCAAGUCUGUGGCCUCCCGUUUCCUGCAGGAGGUCGAGAUGGCUGGGGACGUCCGCGAGAGGUGCGUCGAGAUGUGCAUCGAGAUGCAUGUCAGCGCACGCAAGAUGUCAGAGAAGUUCUUCACCGAGACGAGGAGGAGGAACUAUAUGACUCCCACCUCCUACUUGGAGCUGAUCAGCACGUACAAGACGCUCUUAGGGGUGAAACGAGAGAACGUGGCGAUGCUGAUCAAGAGGUACAAGAAGGGGCUCGAGGCCUUGAGCUUGGCCGAGGAGUCUGUGGGCUCAAUGAAGCAAGAGCUGCUCGACCUUCAGCCCGGCCUUGUCAAGGCCCAGCAGGACACGGCGGCUCUCACCGAGAAAGUUGAGGCCAAGGUGCCCGAGGUGGAGGCUCAGAAGGCCGUGGCUCAGAAAGACGAGGAAGCGACUGCUAAGCAGGCGGCAGACGUGAAGAAAGUGAAGGACGAGUGCGAGGCCGACCUGGCGGAGGCCAUCCCGAUCCUCAACGACGCGCUCAAGGCGCUGGACACCAUCAAGAAGCAAGACAUCGACCUCGUCAAGGCUAUGGGCAAACCUCCCGCUGGUGUGCAGCUCGCGAUGAAGGCUGUGCUUGUCAUGCUCGAGAUCAAGCCCGACAAGAAGCCGGACCCUGACAAACCCGGUGCGAAGAUCGACGACUGGUGGAGCCCUGCAGUGAAGCUGCUGGGAGCUGGAACUCUGCUGCAAACACUGAGAGAGUACGACAAGGAGCACAUCCCCACUAAGGUCAUCGAGAGGAUCAGGAAAGAGUUCAAACCCGACGAAAACUUCACUCCCCAGCAGAUAGCCAAGGCCUCCAGUGCCGCAGAAGGUCUCUGCAAGUGGGUCCUGGCCAUGGAGGGGUACGACAGGGUAGCAAAGAUCGUCGCUCCCAAGAAGGAGAAGCUUGCUCAAGCAGAGGCGGAGCUGUCGGAAGCGAUGAAGGAUCUUGAUGCGAAGAGGUCGGCGCUGAAAGUUGUCGUGGACGAGUUGAAUGGGCUCAAAGAUCAGCUCACUGACUGUGCACAAAAGUCGAGAGAGCUGCAAGAGCAGGAGGCCUUGUGCCAAAUAAAGCUUGAAAGGGCUGAGCAGUUGAUCUCAGGGCUCGGAGGUGAGAAAAGCAGGUGGACAACAGUGGCGGAGGACUUGGAGGUGGUGUACACCAACUUGACCGGAGACGUCCUGAUAUCGUCCGGGUACGUAGCAUACCUCGGGGCUUUCAUGAGACACUACAGGGAUGAAAUCACUCGUGAGUGGGUAUCGCGGCUGGCCGAGAAGGAGGUGCCGCGUUCCGAGACCUUCUCCUUGGAGUCUGUGCUGGGCGAUCCCGUCAAGAUCAGGGACUGGGUGAUCUUCGGACUACCAGCCGACUCCUUCUCCGUCGAGAACGGGAUCGUGGUGUCGACAGCAAGGCGGUGGCCGCUCUGUAUCGAUCCGCAGGGACAGGCGAACAAGUACUUCAGGAACAUGGAGAAGAACAACAACAUCAAGAUCGUCAAGUUGACUGAUUCAGACUUCAUCCGGACGCUGGAGAACUCAGUUCAGUUCGGUGCCCCGGUGCUGCUGGAGAAUGUGCUGGAGGAACUAGACCCUUCGCUGGAGCCUCUCCUCUUGAAGCAAACCUUCAAACAGGGUGGAGUCACUUGUAUUCGACUCGGGGAUGCCACCAUUGAAUACUCCAAGGAUUUUCGAUUCUACAUCACCACCAAAUUAAGCAAUCCGCAUUACAUGCCAGAGAUCGCCGUCAAGGUGACGCUGCUGAACUUCAUGAUCACUCAGGAUGGACUGCAAGAUCAGCUCCUUGGUAUUGUGGUGGCAAGGGAGCGGCCUGAACUUGAAGAGGAGAAGAAUGCUCUCAUUCUACAGAGCGCUGAAAACAAAAGGAAGUUGAAAGAGACGGAAGAUAAGAUUCUGGAAGUGUUAUCUGCUGAAGGCAACAUCCUGGAGAACGAAGAAGGCAUUCAAGUACUCAAGGAUGCCAAGAUAAUCGCCACAGAUAUCGAAGAGAAACAGAAGAUUGCUGAUCAAACUGAGAGGCAGAUCGACGAGGCGAGGGCAGGCUACACGGACAUUGCCUGGCGGUCGUCCAUCUUAUUCUUUGCAGUCUCAGCUCUUGCAAACAUCGAGCCGAUGUAUCAAUAUUCUCUGACAUGGUACGUGGGGUUGUUUAUCCAAGCCAUCCAAGAAAGUCAGCCGUCAAGUGAUUUGGAGCAACGGUUGAAGAACCUCUACGAGCAUUUCACUUACUUCUUGUACAAGAUGGUGUGCAGGUCGCUCUUUGAGAAGGACAAGCUGAUCUUCUCCUUUCUCCUGUGCACGCGGAUGAUGGCAGCGGAAGGAAAGAUUCACGACUCCGAGCUGAAGUUCCUGCUGACAGGAGGAGUGGCUGUAGGGGAAGUCGAAGCAAAUCGCCACAGCUCGUGGCUCUCCGACAAGAGCUGGGGUGAGAUAAUUCGCUUCUCCGACUUGGAGCAAGGCGCUGGCUUCAAGCAGUCGGUAGAUGAGCACGAGAAAGAAUGGAAGAACAUGUUCGAGUCGGCUGAGCCGUUCAACUACGAGUUCCCGGGGACAUGGAAGGAUUGCUCUUCCUUCACUAGACUGAUGGUUAUGCGAUGCAUCAGACCUGACAAGAUUGUUCCAGCCGUCAUGCUGUUUGUCGCCAAGGAGAUGGGUCAAAAGUUCAUUGAGCCCCCCCCCUUCGAUCUCUCAGCAUGCUUUGAGGAUUCCAACCCUUGCUCCCCUCUCAUCUUCAUCCUCUCUGCUGGGGCUGAUCCCAACGCCGCCCUCUUCAAGCUCGCGGAUCAGAAGGGCUUCAGCGAGCGGAUGAAAGUCAUCUCCCUCGGGCAAGGGCAGGGCCCCUCCGCCGCCAAGUUCAUCCAGGAGUACUACGAGACCGGCGGGUGGGUGGUGCUGCAGAACUGCCACGUGUACGGCAGUUGGAUGACCUCGCUCGAGAGGAUCUGCGAGGAGUUCAAGCCGGACACGGCCAACAGAGAGUUCCGGCUGUGGCUGACGAGCUACCCCUCCGACGUAUUCCCGGUCUCAGUGCUGCAGAACGGCAUCAAAAUGACCAACGAGCCGGCCAAGGGGAUCCGACUCAACGUCAAGGGAUCGCUGCUCUCCGACCCGAUCGCCAACGAGGAGUUCUUCAACUCCUGCAAGAAGCCACAGAAGUGGGUCAAGUUGUGCUACGCUCUCGUGUUCUUCCAUGCUCUGAUCCAGGAGAGGAGGAGCUUCGGUCCACUGGGCUGGAACAUCCCUUACGAGUUCACCGCCGGCGACAUGUCCAUCAGCAUCCGACAGACCAAGAUGAUGCUGGACGAGUACGAGGAGGAUCAGUUCAAAGCUCUCAACUACCUCAUCGGCGAGUGCAACUAUGGAGGGAGAGUAACCGACGACAAGGACAGGAGGUAUCUCCUCUGCGCGCUCGCUGACUUCUACAACCCGCACUUGUUCGAAGACGAGUACAAGUUCUCGCCGUCAGGCAUCUACCGCUGCGCUGCCGGCACACCGAGCUACGAGGAGCUGAUCGACUUCACCUUGCAGCUCCCCUUGACCCAGCAGCCUGAGAUCUUCGGCCUCCACGAGAACGCCGACAUCACCAAGGACCAGCAGGAAACCAACUAUUUCUGCGACACUGUGCUGCAGACCGAGUCCGGGAACGCGUCGGGGGGGGGGACGAGCGGGGGAUCGCAGGGCGACACUCUGGAUCAUCUUGCAGAGGAGAUGCUGAAGAAGCUGCCGCACGCCUUCGACCGAGAGAAGACCCUCAAGAAGUUUCCCAUCAAGUUCGAGGAGAGCAUGAACACUGUCCUCGCGCAGGAGCUCAUCCGUUACAACUCGCUGAUCGAUGUGAUCCGGUCCUCCCUCGUCAACCUCCGCAAGGCUCUCAAGGGCCUGAUAGUCAUGUCUGCCGACCUGGAGCAGGUCCAGAUCGCUCUCAACACCAACAAGGUCCCUGCCCUGUGGGCCAAGAAAUCGUAUCCCUCGCUGAAGCCGUUGGGAGGUUUCCUCACCGAUCUGCUGGCAAGGAUCACCAUGUUCCAGCAGUGGAUCGACACGCACCAGCCGCCUGUCUUCUGGCUGUCGGGCUUCUUCUUCGUGCACGCCUUCAUGACCGGAGCGAUGCAGAACUUCGCAAGGAAGUACACGAUCCCUGUCGACACUCUGAGCUUCGAGCACCUGGUGAUGCAGGAGGAGACGUACAGCUCUCCUCCUGAAGACGGCGUAUACGUCAGCGGCAUGUUCGCAGAGGGCUGCAGGUGGAACAAGGAGAAGCAUAUCCUGGACGAGUCGGAGCCUAAGGUUCUCUUCGCCGUCAUGCCGAUCUUCUGGUUCCGGCCAGCCGAGAUGACUCCGAAGCAAUGCACGUGGCGGGAAGAGAGGAGGGACGAGAACGGAGACCUGAUAGCCUCGGGGUAUUACGUCGCUCCCCUUUAUAACACAGCAGCGCGCAGAGGAGUGCUUGCAACGACCGGUCACUCAUCCAACUUCGUCUGUCCCAUCGUGAUCCCCAGUGAGAAGCCGGAGAGUCACUGGAUCAAGAGAGGGGCAGCGCUGCUGAUGCAGCUCAGUGACUAGUCGAUGACAACAUAUGUUACGUGAUGAAAUAAAAGUUGAAUAUUUCUUG